AUAAGUGUCGCUCUGGUUGCCAAGGAGCUUCAAGUGGAUUUUUCAAGUAUGAAGAAGGAGCCAGCUACAAAUACAAAUUGGAUGGUGCCACAGUCACCACGGUGGCUGGAGCACAGGGAGAUGUAAGCAAGGUCACCAUUACAGCUGAUGUCCAAGUGAGCGUCGCACCCCAGUGCUCCUAUGUCCUUAAGGUCGCCAACGUUCAGGUCAACGGACCUGACGGCAAGGCGUACAACGGACUAGGUGACCUGGAAGCACACCCGGUGAAGUUCAGUCUGAACGAUGGCCGCAUCGAGAACGAGGUCUGCUCGGAAGAGGGUGACUCACACGAGGCGCUCAACAUCAAGCGAGCCAUCAUCUCGCUCUUCCAGGCAUCCGUGCACAAGGACAGUGGUGUCACCACUCACUACGAGACUGAUGUGUUUGGCGUGUGCCCGACUGACUUUGAAUUCUCCAAGUCUGGCAACUCUCACCGCAUCAAGAAGACGAGGAACCUGAACCAAUGUGCGCACCGCGAAAUCCUCAACUUCCCAGUCAUCUCUGCUUCCUACAGUCUCAACUCGGCUUUCCAAUCAUCACCGAUUCUGUCGUCCAGUCUGAAGGUGGAACAGCAAAUCAAAGAUGGCGUCCUCGAGAGUGCCGUCAGUGACGAGAAGUACUACUAUCAGCCGCAUUUGUCCAUUGACUCUGGCGCCACUGUCGCUGUCAAGACUAAACUCACUUUUGUAUCCAAGGCCAAGGGAGCCAUUUCAGCCGCUGCUAACAAGCCAUCGACUCUGAUCUUCUCCGCACCCCUUCACAGUGACCCGUCCUGUUCGGCCGACACGAUUCAGAAGGCAUUGGCUGCUGCCGAGAGCUCGACCGAGCCACACAUCAGGCCAUCAGCUGCCUCCGACUUUGCCAACCUGGUUGAGGUCAUCAGUCGAGCCAACAAGGCAGACAUUGUCAGUGUAUACAAUGCGGCUAAGGGCAAGGAGACCUCCAAGAAACUUCUGUUGGAUGCCAUCACCCGUGCCAGCAAUGGUGACGCCGUUGAAGUCAUGGCAGAACUUGUCAAGGGCAACGAACUCUCCGAACUUCAAAAGGGAUUCUGGAUUCUCAACCUUGGAUUUGUCAAACAUGUUACCAAGGCCUCACUCAAGGCUGUCAUUCCUCUUCUUGACAACGCACCGCACAUCGCUUACCUGGGAAUCGGCUCCUUCGCCGGCCGUUUCUGCAACCUGCAUGAUUGCCAGAAUGUACCUGAAUUCAAGGAGCUGCUCUCCAAACUGGCCGCACCAGUCUUUGCUGGCUGCAAGGUCGAUUCUAUUGAGAACGAGAACAAGUUGAUCGCCAGCCUGAAGGGUCUUCACAACGUGCACCAUCUGACCGACGAGGUUGCCGGCAAACUGGCCGCCUGUGCUCAGGACAAGUCUGUCAAGACCAGAAUUCGUGUCGCUGCUUUGGAGGCUUUCCAGAGUGAUGCUAGCAAGAGCAAGAUCAGAGAAGCGUCAAUCGCCAUCUUGAAGGAUCUUUCCGAAGACUCUGAAAUCCGUAUCAAGGCCUACCUGUCACUGGUCGAGUGUCCAUGCAACAAGGUUGCUGACGUCAUCAAGAAUGUACUAGACAACGAGAAGAGCAACCAAGUUGGAAGCUUCAUAGUGUCGCACCUCCGCAACGUUCGCGCCUCGACCAACCCAGACAAGGCGCACGCCAAACACUUUUUGGGCGCGAUCCACACCGGCAACAAGUUCCCCAUUGAUGUGCGCCGCUUCUCCACCAAUCACGAGCUGUCUUACAGUUUGGACGCUGUCAACGUGGGUACAGCAGCCGAAGCCAAUGUCAUCUUCUCUGAGCAGUCGUUUGUGCCACGAUCGGUCAAUCUCAACCUCACCACACAGGUCUUCGGACAUGCUUUCAAUUUGUUCGAGGUUAACGCACGUUCCGAAAACAUCGACUACCUGCUGGAGAAAUACUUUGGACCGAAAGGCUACUUCCCCACUCACAAUCCGCACGACAUUUUUGACACGGUUGCCAAGACCUCCAAGUCGCUCGCCGACAAAAUCAAGGAAAGAUACGAGAACACCAUCAGACCCAAGAGGAGCAUUCAGGAGCAGACUUCUGCUUUCGCCAAGAACGUUGUUGUUGGCGGUGUUGAUUCUCACGACAAGAACCUGGACAUUGAUCUGUCGCUGAAGAUGUUCGGAGCCGAGGUGGGUUGGUACACCUACACCGGAAGCAGCAAGAAGUUCGACAUGUCAUUCAUUGACAACAUCUUCAACAAGGUUGACUCAUCACUCGACAAGGCUAAGAACUUUGACAUUGACUACAAGAAACACGCCACAUUCCUGGACGCAGAGGCAAUCUACCCGACCGGUCUGGGUUUCCCGCUGAAGGUGAGCACCCGAGGUAGCAGUGCCAUGCGACUCAAGGUCGACGGCAAGUUUGAUCUGCCCGCCAUGCUCAAGGACCCCAAGAACGCCAACCUCGACUUUGAACUUAUUCCCAGCGCUGCCAUCGAACUGAGCGGUCAACUGACCUUCGACGCGUACGUGGUGGAGUCCGGCGCCCGCAUUGCUGGUAACAUCCACUCGGCCACCGGGUCGUCGGUGAGUGUGCGUCUGCUCGAGGGCCGCGGCGUCGACGUCAAGUUCGGUCUGCCCGUCAAGAAGCAGGAGGUCGUCAACUUCAAGUCACACUACCACACUGUUAGCCGCGAGCGUGGACACAUGCGCGUCGAGACGCCUAUCAAGUUCAGCGCUAGAAAACAAGAAUACAAGGGCUGCUUCGACCAGCUGGAAGAGCUGAUUGGUCUGACUUUCUGCGGUGACGUCAGCUUCCCCUGGGACGGCAAGAAGGCGUUGAGCCCCGCCUACGGCACCACCACACUCUCCGCUCGCAUCGAGAAGGAUGACGACUCCCUCACCACAUACCACUUCAAGGCCUACUUGAACAACAAAGAUCCAAACAAGGCCGAAUUUGAAAUCCUUCUGGACACGCCCAACUCAAAGACUAACAGGAAGAUCUCGUUCAACCUUGACCUGGCUCAAGCACCCAACAAGCGUCUCAGUGCCGUUCUCACCUCACCAUGGAAGGCACUAUCGCUUGAAGGCCAAAUCACCAACACCGACAAGGAAGGCUCAGUUUUCGUGAAGAUCGUGCACGACGGAACCGAGUACUACGCCAAGGCCGGAGUCAACAUUGACGGAGACGAGAACCACAAGACGCUGAAACCCAUGCUCGAGUACAAGGCUCCCGAGUUCGAGAUGAAGAAGAAGGGUCUCAUUGGAUUCAAGGGAGGCAAAGCCGACAAGGGACAGAAGGCUGUGGCUGUUGAAGGUAUAAUCAAACUGGACAAGGACCCGGCCAGCGGUAAGCGCACCUACACUCUGCAAUCGGUGAAAGUGUCAACCGGUCGCAACCAGUUUGUGUUUGACGGCACCCUCGUGCAUGACGACACCCACCUUGACACCGAUCUGAAGGUGUCCGCCGACAAGGAAGUGUACAAGAUUGUGUCAAAGUUGGCGAAGACAAUCUCGGCCACUGAGAAGGCGGGCAGUGCCUACAUUGAGUUCACGCCCACUCAGAGUCCCGACCUUGGGUUGGUGGUUGACUGGAAGGGCAAGAAGACCCCCUACACUGUUGAGAACGAUCUGACCGUUGUUCACGGACACGACCCCAAGAGCACCGAAUCCAAGAUUACCAUCCACCAGUUCGUCAAGUUCUGCUUUGAGAAGGAGAAGCCAUUCGAAUUCGCCACCAAGAAUUCAG